ACCCUUCCCAUGCCAAUGGGUUGGAAUGAGCCAUUGGGCCAUGCAAGGGAAUGCCAUGUCAUGGCACUGAUGUCAAGCAGGACCACAGGGCAGCAAGCCCUUCUCAGCCUCCCUCACGCCCACCGGGAGCACCACCAGCACACCGGGAGCCCACUGCGUCUGCACCGGCCCCACCUGAAGGAGAACCCAGUGCCCCUCUUGCCCGCGAUUCGCGGGGCUGCGCUCUGUCCCAGGACUCCGGGUCAUCGGGAGAGGGGGAGCUCUUCCUCAGGGGCCCGGCCCCCUCCUCCCAUCCGCUCGGGAGCGGCCGUCGGCCGGCUCGGGCAGGUUUGGGAGCGGGGGCUGCCCCGAAGGGACCCGCUGAUGGCGAGGGGCGCCACGCAGGGCCGGCGGCUCCCGCUUCUGCUCGGCCGGGGGGAUGGAGCGGGCGGCGGCCGGGGCCGGCCGGGUAGAGGGGAGCGGCGCCUCGGCCGGAGGGGGGUGCGGAGCCGCUGCGGAGGGCGGAAACGGGGUGGGGGGAUUUGCGUCAGUGAGGGAGCUGGGAGCGGGCGAGGGCGGGCGGGACGGACGGAGGGACAGACGGACGGAGGGAGCCCUCCGAGAGGCACCAGCCCGUCCCGCUCGCCCGCCGCCGCUGCCCGCCGCCCCAUGGAGCUGUGCCCGGGGCCCGCCGUGCACUGGGGAUGGGCGCUGCCGCUCCUCCUCGCCCUGGGCGCCGGGCUCAGCCACGGCACCCCGCACCUGCCGUACUCCCGGCCGGGCUCCCGCAGCAAGAACUGGUGCGCCUACAUAGUGAACAAGAACGUGAGCUGCUCGGUGCUGGACGGGACGGAGAGCUACGUCCAGGCCCAGUACAAGUGCGCUUGGAACCAGUUCCCCUGCCAGCCGACCCCGGUAUACCGAACGAGUUUCAGACCUCGGUACACAGUUGCAUAUAAGACAGUGACAGAGCUGGAAUGGAGAUGUUGUCCUGGGUACAAAGGGGAAGACUGCAGGGAAGGACCAGCAGAAAAGCCAAACACUGCUCGACGUCCCACAACACCAGCGAAAGCUGUUGUGAAGAAAGGCGUAGAUGCAGAACCAACGGAAGUGCCAGAGGCUCCAGCAUAUGAGAAGAGAAUGCAGUUUCUUGAGGAUGAAUUGUUUAGACUUACACGAUCUGUGAUUGAACUUCAGUCCUCCGUGGCAGGUGUGAAUGAAAACCUGAAGUUGACUGUACAAGAAGAUGCUAGUAAGAUGUUGGUCACUUGGCUGAACAACCUUUACGACCGCCCAGAGCCUGACAGUGCGGUUAGUGGUGAAACAGAUGCUAUUCAUCUGCCUGGACUCCACAACAAUAAAGAUCAAAAAGACCCUUUUAUUGAUUUUGAAAUGGAAGAUAUAAAGUCUGAGCUAGCUGAGGUCAAAGAAGCCUUGAAGGUGAGGAAUGAUGAGCUGGAGGAACUGAAUGGAAAAGUAAAAGGCUAUGAAGGACAAUUAAAACAACUGCAGGAGGCAGCACAAGGACCUACAAUAACAAUGCCCAGUGACAAUAUUUAUCAGGAGUAUAUAGACUCAAAAUUUGAGUCCCUCAGACAAGAAAUAAUGGAAGGAUUUGAAAAGAAAAUGUCAGAUCUGAAGAACUCCUGUGAAUACAAACUACAGGAUAUUCAACAGCAGUGUGAUGACAAUGAAAAUAACUGUGUAGGGAUAAUUGAUGUUAUAAAAGGAAAAGAGAAUGAUUUGAGGAAAGAAAUAAAUACUCUCCGAACUCAGAUUCCAUCAAACGACUCCAGUUGUUGCAAAGAGGGUGAGAGAAAUGACUUUGACCAAAAGAUAAAAGAUUUAGAUAAGAAGAUUGAGAGAGUUGCGGAAGCACAUAGGAUCUUGAACGUCAGAAUAGAUAAUGAAAUAAUUCGAUUGUCAACUCCAGAUCUGGAAGACAUGUUUGGCGAGAGGUUGGAGGAGCUUGAUGCGAGGAUGAAUAUCACAGAACGAAAUGCUGAAGAACACUGCUUUUACGUUGAGGAAACUCUCCGCGGUGCUAUAGCUGCUGAGGUAGAUGAACUGAGAGACUUGUUUGACCAAAAGCUGCGGGCACUAGAGGUCAGGCUGGGUGGCACUAUUUUAGAGAUCGCUAAUACCACGGACCCGGAUGGAAUGUUUAUGAACCCUGGGCCCAUCUUGCCCAGUGACGCAGGAUUUGCAAAUGAGCAAUUUACAGCAGAGAUUGAUUUCCUGAAGAACAAACUACUGUCAUUUGAACAGCUCUGUGGACAGAAAUGUCAGUCUGCACCGCAAGGUAUGGAGGACCUUCAGAAACGGCUAGAAAACUGUAACGACAAGUACAGUCACUUGCUUUUGAAAACAGAGAAUAACUCUGCUCUUCUGCAGUCUCUAAAUAGCUCUCUUAAUGAGAAACUCAACUUAAUUAAGGGUAACCAACGUGACAUUCAGAAAAUGCAAAGAGACAUACGCGUAUUCCGGUAUAAUCUAAAUGUCAUCGAUAAAGAUAUGAAAAAUCUUCAAGAUGGCUUGAGUAGCUGCAAGGAGCAGCUUCUGGGUGUCAAUUCCACAUGUAGAAAAACGCAACGAGGUGUCUUCCGAAAAAUUGAUCAAAUGCAGAGGACAUUUGCAAAUCAAACUGCUCAUCCCAGUGAGAGUUGCUGUGGUGAAGUGAAAGAGAGGCUAGAACAAUUGAAUGACCAUGUCCUGAAUGAUCUUAGCAAGUGCAAAGAAAAGACACAAGGUAUCCAGGCGGGUGUUUCGGAUGUUGAGAGCAGAGUCUCACAUGUUGAAAAAGCUUGCGGCAAGCUGGACUCUGUCUCAGAUAGCUUGCAGAGGAUAAAAGAAGGUCUGAAUAAACACGUGAGCAGCUUAUGGAACUGCAUCCAUGAAAUGAAUGGAACUAUAGCAUCUCAUUCCUCAGAUAUUUCUGGCCUCAAAAAUUCUGUCCAACAGUUUCAUAGUCAGGUCUCCAAAAUCACCACAGGCAUUGAAGAUGUGCUGAAAUCUCAGUCUGACACAAGGCGAUCAGAAGUGCCAUGGCAGCCAUUGCCACCAAGGCCACCCGUGCAGCCCCAUCCUGGCAUAUCCCUGCUGCCAUCAAGGCCAAGGAUACAACCCCCUCGACACAGGACCCCCCUCCAGCCACCACAGCUGAGACCUCCUCCACGCCCAGUGCUGCCAGGGUCAGGAGUUGUGCCACUUCUGCCUGGAACAACCGGGAUCAUCUUGGAGACUGGAGAGGCAGGGCCUCCUGGCACAGUUUUGAUGUCAGGAAGAGGACGGCUUAGAAGUGCGGAUGGUCAGGCUGGUCAAAGUACCAUGCCCAUUGCUGAAGGGUAUGCAGGAGCACCAGGAUAUCCAAAGUCGUCUCCUCCUACCACGGACUCACAAGGACCUGCUGCUGCUGCUGCGCCCUCUCUGGUGUCGUUUUCUGCUGGGCUCACACAGAAGCCUUUCUCCAGUGAUGCUGGCGUGGUUCACUUUAACAAAGUGCUUGUGAAUGACGGGGACUAUUAUAACCCCAAUACAGGCAUUUUCACAUCACCAUAUGAAGGGCGCUACCUGAUCACCGCCGUGCUGGCCCCAGAGAGAGAUGAGUAUGUAGAAGCAGUGCUAUCCGUCUCCAAUGCAAGUGUGGCUCAGCUCCACACAGCUGGGUACAGAAGGGAACUGUUGGAGUAUCACAAACCCUACUCGGGGAAACGGACCUGUGGUGGUCCUGGGACGUUCCACCUUGUUCUUCACCUCAAAGCAGGAGAUGAAGUAAACGUUGUUGUAACGGGAGGCAAACUGGCCUACACAGACUCUGACGAAAUGUACUCCACAUUUAGUGGAGUUCUCCUUUAUCCUUCUAUUUCUCAUGUUUAGGUUUAUCUUGAACAGGAAAGAAGGGUAAGAUACUCAGAAGAAAUUAAGUGUAAUAAAGUUCAAAGCUUUAAUAUAUUCAGUUUAUAUAUUUGAUUUCAGUGAUGGGUUUAUAGUCUAUACAGAGAACUUUUCCUUGUCCUUUGUUUCCCGAGGGAGCUACAAAAGACAUGUUUCUGUAGCUAAAUGAACUCCUUCCCAAGCCCUUGACCUGUACAAGAAGAACAACUGUUUGAAAGGUACAUUCUCAAUAGACACUUCUCCACUGUGCUCUUGCUGUUCCCUAUUAAAUUGUCUUUGCCAUCUUCUCCCUAGUUUUUCAAAUUGUCCCUAGUAUAUAAGAGUUUACAUCUUUGCUUAAGUUUACAGUUCCGGUCAGGUAUUUUCAUGUUUUCAGUAAAGCAGGGCCAAGAAAGAGAAGUUGUAGCGGAUGUGAUUGAUGACUUUUUAUUCCUUGUGUUACUGAAUCAUGUGCGUUUGCAUAAUCAAUUUGUGCAGUGCAAUUGCUGACCAUGGUGCAAAACAAAAUGAUACUCAUCUGCAUUGGUUUUCUUUUUUCCUCUAAGGGCCAAACGCAGUGCUAGGAGGCAAGCUGAGUGACUCCUUCCAGUCAAGUGAAAGCCUGCAGCGCAGGGAGAAACUUGCCUCAGCUUUCCACUGGGCAGAUGUGAGCAUAAGGCGCAGUUGGUACUACUGAAAGGUUCAGAACAGCUACUAUCCAUUUAUAGAGUAAAAAAGAGGAUCAGUUAAACAUGAUGCUCUUGAGAUUAAAGCUUGCUGCUGGAAAUUAAUUAAACAGGUCAGAAAAAUCAGAAUUAUCUUUGUUUAGGUAGGAAAAUGGUAAUUUUGAAAAGUUUAAAAAAACUUACAAAGUUUGUUUCUGGCACUCCUAAAGUACUUGCAUUAAGAGGGAAGUUUUUGUCUUUGGUGCAAAUCAGAGGAAAAAUCAUUGAUAAAGGAAAACUGUCUUAUUAGUCAUUACUGUCAAAUGCAGAAACCAACCAUCUGCAGCCUCCUUCGCAUUGGUGAAGUUUGUUUUAACACUCAGCAUCUGUUUAUAUGGAUGAAACAACUUUCAUAGCUUAAACAGACGAACACAUUUGGGGCAGCAGUAUUUUAUUUCUCAUUCUAGCCACUUCUCAGUGGAGGUAACAAAAAUGAUGCUUUGGCUCUUAGGGGAUAGCAUUUUGGUGUCUUUUGUGGCUGAAAAAAAAAUCCAGCCUUACCUUACUGAGUGCCAGACUGUUCAUCUGUCACCUGUAUAUUCUUGUAUCAACUGGCCUUUUGAAUAGUCUACUCAUGCCACAUAGAGCUGUAUUUAUCAUAGUGGUUUGUGUAGUAUAUUUUCCUUCUUAAAAAUGCAGAACAGCUGUUUAUAGCCUCAGAACAAACAAUUCCUUUAGCUGAGGGAAGAACUCUCUGUGCUCUGUGCUGUAAGCAGCACAGUAUGUUUAUAGCUGAAGCCCAUCCCAUCUGAGGAGAUCAGAUGAAGACUUGUGCCUUUGUUGCUUAGCUUUGGAAUAGAUACUUCCUAAUAACUGUGUUUCCAGGCAAUGAGAUGGGGCCUUCCCACAACAAACUGUCACAUCCUGGAAACUGAACUGCUUUUGAGAAAAGCAGGCAGAAAAACCUUUCUCUCCACAGAGGAACUCUGAGUCAGUCCCUGUGCAGCUAGGAUUGCACUGGGGGAGUUCCGAGCACAGGAAGGAAAUUGUGAGUGGAGUUUUAAAGCACCUGGUUUGGGAAGAUCUCUUUGCACCUGAUUAUCAGAAAUGAUGGUGUUAAGAGAUAAGCAGAAGCUGGCUGUAUUUGUAGCAGGAAGAGCAGCUUUAAGAGCAGCUGUUAGUAGCCAAAGAUGUACAGUGAACUUGCACUUCACAGCUUGAUAAAAGGAGCCGCCUCUGUCUCAUUUCCCUGCGUGUUUUCUGGACCUGUGCUGGAAGGCGAGCCAUUAGCAUGUAGUCAGCAACCACACACUUGUUCAAGGGGGGCUUAGUGUUGUUUUGUCCUUUCUGUCUCAUGUCUUUCUAGUUCUCAAAAUUGAAGGGACAGACAGGAAGUGUUGUUUUCUGUAUUUUCAAAAGUCAAGCAUAUCAUCCACUUUUUUUUUUAAUGUAAUUUCUUGUUAUGUAUAAAAGCCAGAGAGGCAUUUUUUCUUUUAGAAUGUUUUUCACUCUUCUCAAGAAAGCUGUGUUCUCUAAGAAGUUGGCUUCAGACUAUGUGUGACUCAAAUAUUGUUAGAUUAUUGUUGCCUGUUCUAAAAAUGACUCAUGGAAAUAAACAAAAUGAGCUGAGUGCUUAGGGAGACCUAGCUGGCAAGCACAACGUUUUUUUCCCGCCCACGCCAAGUGAGAAAUUUUUAAGAAUUGGCAGUGCAAGUUUAGUGCUGAGUUGCAAAAGUUGUAUCAUUUAAUUAUUACCUAACUGCCCUGGGAGAUUGCUAAAUCCAAUUCACAAAUCUUCACAAGCCCAGCCUUCUACCAGAAAGUUUCUCCUUAGGCCCAGAAUCUGCUGAUGCCCAUGUUGGAAUGGUUGCAGAGUAACUGGUAUUUGUACACUGCUGUAAAGCAUUCCGUAAACUGUGUUAGAGCAGGGCCCAGUCUCAGCAGCGUAUUUUGAGGAUACUUUUAGACCUUUCAGGGAUAGCUUCCCAUUCAUCUCUAGCAGUGUGGGUGGCUAAAGCUAUGACCUUUUACAAGGAACCUCUAUCUUAGAUUCCUGCCUUUGUUGAGGGGGACUUGACCCUUAAUUUCCACUUUGUUGAUAAUUGCUGUAAUCAGGGUAGAUGGCUCAAUUCCUCCUAAUGAGGUUAUUUCCUGAAAUUUAAGAGGUGAAAUAUUCAUCCAGCUGGGAAGACUACAGUGCUGUAGCCCCUUAAUAGGCAAAGGGACAGUGGAACCUGAGUUCCAGUUCUCUGCUCCAGAGAGUGCCUGGAUAAAAUAUUAAUAAAGCAGGGGCCGGAAGACACUCAAGCUCAGAGGCAUUCAUGGGCCUGCUGAGGGUUGGCUCCACACAGAACAGCCCAGCUUCAAAGGAAGGAACAAGAGCCCUGCUCCAGAAUAUUCUGAACCUGCUGACAGAGCUUUCACAUCUUUGGUGAGGAUCAGCAGCAGAACACAGAAAUACCUGCACUGAAAGGAACAUUCUCACUGUAGGUUUGUAAUUUGACUACCACAUCCAGGAGCAUCCAGGAGCUUACAUAGGAAGCAUCUGUUAAUUGAGAAAGCCUUAAAAAAAAUAAAUCCUGUAGGUGGGGGCUGUAAGGCAGAAAUGCUGCCUGUUUCAUAGAUCACAGUGACACCUUUUAGAUCUGCUUUGUAAGUAGUUUUGUAAUGAAUUGUAUGAGAAUUGCAAGAUUCUUGGGCAAUACAGUAUCUGUUGUGCCAGGCGCUCUUGUUUGACAUUGAAACAGGAAGAAAACCAAACCAUACCAGGUGAAGCUGUACAGGCAGACAUGUCUGACAUUCCUGGAGCCAGGCGUUGAGGCAUGGCGGUUCCACAGAGACUGUCCAAAUAUCAAAGCCAGCAGAGUCCCCAAGGCAGCAUCAUUUGUGAGACAGGUGAAUUCCCACGGGCAGGUCAUUAGCAGCAGAACAUCUGAAGACAAGCCAGCAUGCUGACAGUCAGAGAGACAGCUCUGCUGAACAUAUCCUAGAGCACCAAGGUGACAUAUAAAUCAGUCAUAUCCCCUGGAAUGCAUGCAGCAAAGCAGGAAUGCCAAUUUUUGCAGCAAAAAGUAUAUAAAAAAACUACCUCAUCAUUUUAAUUCGCUGUUAAGACUUCUGAAAACAUUUCUAUGCUGAGCAUUCAAAACAGUGAGGAUUGUCUGUGGUAUUCCACCACAUUUCCUUUAAGUGUACACCAUGUUAGUUGCAGCAACUUUGUGCAGUGUCACUGAGACUAUUCGGCUUGGUGAAGCCAACCAGCCCAUCAAGAAAACUUAUAAAUAGUCAAGGAAAUGGAGCAAACUGUAAGUGGAAAGCACAGGAAAGCAACUUAAAGUAAAAUGCCCAGUGCAGCUUUAAAAUGCAUGGAGAAUACAAAGUAAAGGGCUCUCUAGUUCUCCAGCUGGACUAAACUGUUUCCUGAGGAUACAUGCAUUUGAAAGUCAGUGUUACCUGCUGAUUUAACUAAGCCUUUGUGUUACAGUCCAGUAGUGGAUACAGAUGUAUUUCACUAAAACUACAAAUGCACUUAUGGUCUCAGUUUGGAGAUGGGAGGAAUAUGCACUCCAGUGAGAAUUGCUCAGCAGGUACACGUGUUGGCUGCUGGUUGCUCCCAGAUAAUGGCACAGAGUUCAAAUCAUCAAGUUGCAAGGAAUACCUGGGGGCAGUCUCCUGUCAUCACAAGGCAGACUUGUGCUUGAGCCAACACCAGCUUUUUGCAACAUACUCUGGAGACUUGAGACGAGAUGCAGAACAGCAGCUCUGCCAAUUCUUUGUAUAUGGGAGAUUUCAAAGAACAUCUUGCAACAUGUACUACAUAAGCAGCUUUUGGCAUUAAUUUUGCUAUCUUGAUUGUGAAAAAAGGAACAUUACUAAAAUUCUUCAGCAAAAAGGAACAGCACAUUUGAGAGUAUGCUUUAGGUAUGUAUGUGUAUAUGUAUAUUCAUGUGCAUAUAUAUAAAUAGAUAGAGAGAGUAAUAUCCAGGAACAUGAAGAAAACUGUGUGAUGGAAAACAACUGCAGAUAUGUCCCAAUAAAGCCUACCUCUUAUGUAA